GCAAGCGCAUUGAGUAAAAUACAGUACGUGGCAUUGUUUCUGUCACUGAAGUAAACAACUCUUAAGAGAUACAAAACGAACACUUAAAAUGAAUACCUACUACUUAUUGCCCGUCACUGUACUGCUGACGUUAUUUAGUGUUUCUGAAUCAUACUUUAUAAGUAUUGAUGCUCAUGCUGAAGAAUGCUUUUUUGAUAAAGUUACAUCUGGCACUAAAAUGAGCCUGAUGUUUGAAGUUGCAGAAGGAGGGUUCCUGGAUAUUGACAUUAAAGUAGGAUUGUUAACGCAUUUAAAUAAUUUGGGCUAUCUCGUAUAUUAGAGUUCUGAAUUAAAUACAUUUCACAAAUGACCAAAAGCUCUUGCCCUUUUAUUAAAAGUAUUUUUAUCUCCCUUCAAAAUUGCAGAAACAAAAUUAAUAAUAAUAUGUAGGGUACGGGUAGGCAGCAGCAGUGUAGUAACACAAGUAACGUAACAGUGUAGUGGUAAAUAUCACGUAAGUAACCUGGUAAUUGUUGGUAAAUUUUGGGUUAGCUGUCUGGUCACUUUUGGAAAUACCAACACUGGACUUAGACUCUAGAGUGAAUAGAAAUAAACCAGUUCUUUGACCUGCUGAGCCUGAACGAAGUGUGUGACUGACAACUUUCCCAGGGCCAUUCUUUACUGAGCAUUAUUCAAAUUCAUGUCAUUAACUAAAUCUGACGAGCGAUACAGUUAAUAUAAAUAUGUUCAAAUGAAAUUUUUCAUACAAUUUUAUUAAAAUUCAAAUUACAAGUUUCUAAAGAAUGAAAAAAGAAACACAUCCUUGCCGAGGCUUGCCGAUAAACUAAAAUAAACACCGGUGGAAAAAAACCACAUGCGCUUGAAGUUCUGUCUUUGGAUUAGUUGAAAAUGGAAGUACCCAUAUGCUAAAAAUUCGGUAACAAAAGGGGUGACAACUUCAUUGUAUUCAUAGUUCAUAGUUUAUUAAGUUACUAUUUAUUUAUAAUGGCAAUGGAAUAACAUCAAAAUUCAUUAUUAAAAUUAAUCUUGAAAAUAAAAGUCGUAUUAAAUGAUCAUUAAAAUGACGGCUGUAGCCCUUGACGCUAAUAUCUGAAUUGGGUCACAGAAUAUGUAAAUAUAAUCCAAACAAACAAACUCGUACUUUGAUGAAAAUUCAUAGCUAAAAAAUGUACCAAAGAAGUUGAUUUUGAUUUCAUUUUUUAAUUUAAGUUUUCUCUAUUCUUAAUUAUACUAUACUACUUUGAUGAUUAAAAUUAUCUUUUUUCUGAAGUACCUAAUCAGUUCACUGUAAUAAUCUGGGGAGGGCACCAAACCUCUCCCCCCACUUUAAAAAAAAAACAAAAAAACACCCCCCCCCCCCCUCCCAGUAAAAAAUCAACAUCUUUGGAAUAUGAAGUUAACCUGGGGGGAACCUCUAUUAACCCAUAUACCAUGGAGCGCAUAGCUCGCUAUACCAUUAACGCAGAUGGCUGGCACUACGUACACCACAGCGGUGUACCUAGCAAAACUAUUGACUUUGGCCUGCAUACACCGUAGCAAUUUAAAGUAUCAAAACCAUGGUCUUUGCGAGUCUUUAAUUUUUUGGCCUAACAAGUACUUGUAGAUUUAAUGUUACACUCUUGUUAAAACUGAAAACUAUUUAUUUAAAAAUCGUCAAGUACCUUGGGAGGAAGAUAUUGAGUAAGUUCCACGCUUAUGUGGCAAAGUACUUGUAGAGCACUUCUUAUUAUUUAUUGCUAGGGCUGGGGUUUAAUGUUAAACCAUGUUUUAUUUUCCCCCAUAUAUUGAAAUACAAAUAUAUUUAUUAAUUGUUGUAAGUUUUAUCCUAUGAUUGUGAAUCUUAAUAGGCUUAAAAAGGUGUGCAUGAUAAUUAUGACAUUGUAUGUGAUCCCUAGGGGCUUGGUGUAAAAAUGAAUGGGAAGCCAAUGUAUCUAUUUUGUUAGCACCAAGAUAUAAUUAUGGCACAAAUACAUUAAGGGAAGAGAUUCACAUUCAUUGAUCGUGAAGUUAAGUUGUCCGAGGCAUUGUCAUUUGUUGUGCGGACGUCGUCCUUUGUAGACAACCUCUAUCUAGAGACGUGAUUUGUGUAGGCCCCCUUUUUGGUUAAGCCUCUGCCCAUAAACCCCCUGCAAGGAUAGAUUUCUUAACAAAAAAACAACAAAUUAAAUAACUUUGAAAUAGCGAAAAUCCUGUGCCAAGCGAUUGUGCAAUGGUUCCUGUGAGAAAACGUUGUGUUUUACCCUGAGAAUAGCACAUGCCAUGCCAUUUUGGAAACAUAUUCCAUCAUGAACAGGGUAAGCGAAGACCUAUGGCUUUGCUAUACAGUUUGCUACCGCGCCAUAAGCUUCUAAAAUCGUGGUGUUUUCAAAAGAUUUGCUACGAGACUGAGGGCUGUGAAUGAACAGUUGAUAUCGUGUGUACAUUUUACCAAUGUCUAGUGAAAGCAAGAUGGUUGAAAUACGACCAUGUACAUUAAUAUUCAUAUGAUAUUAUUGAUAUACUGGUAUUUUCUUUGGGUGUUAGUAAAAAGUAAAAUGUAAAUAUUCAACUACACGAAGAAUGUUGAAAUACGAUAAAAUAUGGCUUAGUAUUCAAAAUGUUUCUCUUAUACAUGUUACAUACACUAUACAUGCGCUUUCAGAAACUUUCAGUUUGUUUUUUUAAUGUUGCUAAAAUUACCGGUAUUUAUAAAGUCAAAGGCCGGCACAACUUGUUGAAACACUUUGUAAUCUGAAUAUAACAUAUAUUUAAAUUGUUUAAAUUGCUAAAAACUUUUCAUGAAACUGCUGUUGCAAAUGAACAUGAUAAUUUAAAUAUAAAAUAUUUUUAAUAAAAAUGGGAAGAAAAAAAAAAACUCGAUCCACUACUAGGAAUGGAUCUCAAAAUAUAAUAUCACCAAGCGUCCACUCUACCACUUAACCACACAAGAUCUUCUCUAACAGGCAUAUCUUAAAACCAGGCCAAUGGUACAUUUUUGCCUCAGUGUACCCAGGCCAAAGCCGAUGAUUUCGCUAGGUACACCGCCGCAGUGUAUGCAUCCACUUCGAACCCAAAUUCAGCAAGCCAAGUAGCCCUUAAGUAGGCUAACUAAAUUAUUAUUGUUAAUUCAUGUCAGUAUUGAAAAUGCCUUUGUGAUUGCUUCUUAUAAUAAUUAGGCAUAGUAGGAGAAUUAAAAUAUAAUUUUGAAAAAGUAAAUUUAGGCCUCAAUAAAGAAUUGGAAAAAAUUAAAUAAUUAAAUACCGGUAAUUAAUUUCAUUGCUUAUUGUUUAGAUUGAGGCGUGCCAUUGGGAUUACACCUGUUCUGUGUUUUGAGUUAAUGGAUCUCUACUCUCCCCAAAUGGCAAGCCACUGAUUAAAUGCUUACUUUGCUUUUUACAGUAUCAUCCAAAUUAACUAAAUUAGGCUACUGGUUGAAAAUGUUUAUAAUAAAUAUGAGCCUAACUUCAGGCCUAUGAGUUCUCCAUCAAACCACUAGUGUGGCUAAAAUUUUGCUGAAGACUAAAUAACAUGUUAGAUAAUUUAGAAUGCCAAAAAAAAAACAAGACUACUCAAUAGUUUAAUGGUAAUAAUCAUAGAAAAAUAUUUCAUUUAUUAUAUAGACCCAGGUAUUUAACUUAAGACGUAAGUCGGGUGAAAAAUUGAGAUUAGGUUAAACCAUAUGAUGCAUAGUGUUUUGUGUAGGCUACUUGAAUCUCUCUGUCUUGUUUAGCAUCUUUCUAUUCUGUAGACAUUGCAAAUCAAGGCAUCCAGGGGAACUCAUUUAUCAUCGACUACUUUUAAAAAGCCUUAAUUCUCUGCUUGUUUCCUUAUUUAUUCUGAUGCACCCACACAUUUAGUAAAACAGGGCCCCCCCCAUAAGUACAUAUAAAUGAGCUUUUCAAACAUCCCCAAGCUCUCACCCCCCAAACCACCUGUUUCAAUUUUUUAGACUAUUACAAGACAUAUACCGGUACAAGAUAUUUUUGUGACUGCAGCUGUCUAUUGAGCGUAGCAAGUAUCAAAUUACCCAAACUCUAUAAAUAAAUGGUCAAUCUUCGGUUCAGUCCAACUCAAUAAUGUAGUCACAAAUUACUUUGUUGGGUGAAAGUUGUUACCAGGUUAAAUCAAUCAUUACAUAACAUUGCAGUUAUCGUUUUACAUCCUUUUUAUGGUUUGUCAGAAUUUCCGGACAGUUAUUUCAGAAUAUGUGUAUUUAAUGUACGUACACAAGACCCCUCCACCUCCCCAUAGGUACUGUAUGCCAAAUCAACAUUUUAAUAGCCCAGAUGGGUGAGAAAAGGUAGACAUUGUCAAAAGAUCUGACUAUUUUGAUCAACUGCGUUCAUUUGACAGAAAAAGGUGUUUUUUUAACUGGUCAUAAUUUUGGCUUAUUUUAAUUAAAAUGUCUCUUUUCUCAUCAACUAUUAAUUUUUUGAUGAUGACAGAUUGAUUUUUAAUAUAUUUUUAAGUCGGCAAACCUAUGAACAAAGUUGAGUUAUUUCUCUUCGCUCUGCACUAAAGGUACUUUCCUAAUCAAUGCUUUGCCACUGAAAGGUUUAAUAAGGAUGCCACAAAUAUUGCUCUUUCUUUGUAUUCCAGAUCUAUGGUCCCGAUGGGAAAAUAAUUCAUUCUGGUGACAGGGAGUCCAAUGGAAAGUAUACCUUUGCCGCUCACAUGGAUGGCAACUACAAGUACUGUUUUAGCAAUGCCAUGUCAACAAUGACCCCGAAAAUUGUUGUGUUCUCUAUUGAUGUGGGAGAGAAACCUAAAGAUGCCGGUGGAGAGGAAGGGGACGGUAGGCAAUUUUGUUGUACCAUCACAGCUUCAAAAGCAUUUUGAACACAAUUUAAACACUGAUAAUGUUUCUUUUUAACUGUAGAGCAAUUUUACACUUGAUUAAUUAUCUUUUUAUAUGUUGAGAGAAAACUGAGAACUUAUUCCUGAUCAUUGAAAUAAAUUGUUGAAAUAAGUGAAGUGCAUGUUGCUGUACAAAAACAUGAUGGACCAACCACCAAGUUCAUGAGUUGCUGGAAAGGGCUUACACUUAUUCUUGUUAAAUUGCAGCCAACCAAAAUAAACUGACCGAGAUGAUUAAUGAGCUGUCCACGGCACUGACGGGGGUGAAGCACGAACAAGAGUACAUGGAGGUCAGAGAGAGGAUUCACAGAUCAAGUAAGUUGACGUGGGUCGGAGGAGAAUUCUUACUUAAACUCCAGGACGACUAAUAAGCGAGUUCUCACUUUUUGAAGUUGACUGAAGUUUGACAAUAAUCUUUAAUUGAAUGGGUUUACUGAAUCAGCUCAUCAUAAACAACAAUCAUAAACAACAAUCAUAAACGACAAUCAUAAAUAAUUUAAUAGGUGUUGGCUUUAAUUUUUUUUAAAAUUGUUUAUUUACAUAAUGACUCAAUUCUCUGGUUUAUUUGAUAGCAGGUACUUUACAAUGACUAGAUGUACUGACAUAAUUACAUAAAUAUCAAGUAAAAUUGAUUCCUUAAAAUAAAUAGAUAUAUUUACAUGAGAUUUUGCUCUAAGUUGUAGCUUAUGUGUCAUGAGAUUUUGCUCUAUCCUGUUGAUUUACUGACAUGAGAUUUUGCUCUAUCCUGUUGAUUGACUGACAUGAGAUUUUGCUCUAUCCUGUAGACUGACUUACAUGAGAUUUUGUUUUAUCCUGUAGAUGUACUGACAUGAGAUUUUGCUCUUUCCUGUAGAUGUACUGACAUGAGAUUUGGCUCUAUCCUGUAGAUGUACUGACAUGAGAUUUUGCUCUUUCCUGUAGAUGUACUGACAUGAGAUUUUGCUCUUUCCUGUAGAUGUACUGACAUGAGAUUUUGCUCUAUCCUGUAGAUGUACUGACAUGAGAUUUUGCUCUAUCCUGUAGAUGUACUGACAUGAGAUUUUGCUCUAUCCUAUUGAUGUACUACCAUGAGAUCCAGGUCUGCAGACCCAUCUAAAAUUUUUGCUCUUAUGUUUUUAUUUCAGUUAAUGACAACACCAACUCAAGAGUGGUUCUGUGGUCUUUCUUUGAGGCCCUCGUGCUGGUGGCCAUGACUUUAGGACAGGUUUACUAUCUCAAGCGAUUCUUUGAAGUCCGACGUGUGGUCUGAUAUUUUUAAGCAGUUGUACAAUAUAAACAUCAUUUAUUUUUUUAUUCCAUAGUUUUUUUAGAAGUUAAAUUAAAAACAGCAAUUUAAACAUUGAUGAAACUUGUGGCUUAUGCUUCAAACUAAAUUAAAUCAUUAUUUAGAGGUGAUCAUUUUCAAUAGUUUUGUUUAUUGCCUAGGUACAUGAUGCCAUUUCAUAAAAUAACUUACGGCACGCCAGUGAUAAAGCAGAAAACUUGAUACAUGUUUCUAUGAUCAAACUUUUUAUGCCAUUCACUUCAAAGUUGAGAAAUUCUUGCAUUGAUGAGUAUGGUUACUCCCUGCUCACCAAGCAAUGGUCCUUACAUUUCUGUUAAAUAAUUCCAGCUGCCGUUUGUAUGUAUCAGGGGUCACCAUUCUGUGUUAUUUAUCACUGGCUGCCAUUUGACAUUUCAACUUUGUUUAGUUGCUCAUAUUUUCACAUGCCUUAGGUUUUAAUUAAUAUUUAAAUUAUUUUACUCUUCCUCUGUUGGGCACUGAUGAUGUUGAUGGAUGAAUGGAUGGUUGAUUGUUGUGUAGGAUGAAUAGUUGGAGAUAUCAGGGGCAUGGCUGUCAUAAUAGGUAAGCAACAUGUGAGAAAUUGGCUCUUUUAGUUUCCAUAUCCUCAAUUUCUAUCCCCCCCUUUUUUUUGGUCUGGAGUGUAUCCAAAAUUAAUUGUAUUUUAGAGUUAAAUUAUCAGAUCGUUUGGAUUUGAGUAAAAGAAUUCAAACUGCUAUCAUCUGGCUCUGAUAUAAUUCCAACAUGGGUGGCACAUUUAAGAUUUAGGAUUGAACAAAUGUGUCAGAUGAGAAAUAUUGAAAUAAUUUAUUAAAAAAUUUUAGGCCUUGGAGAUGAAGGGAAAUGCAACCGCUUAGAUAUUAGUACUGCAAGACAUUGGUACAUUUAUAAUGUAAGACACUGAUAAUUUAAGAAAUUAGUUCUGUAAGAUUUUGGUUCUGUCAGGGAUUGGCACUGUCAGAUAUUGGUACUGUAAGGGAUUGGCACUGUCAGAUAUUGGUACUGUCAGGGAUUGGCACUGUCAGAUAUUGGUACUGUCAGGGAUGGGCGCUGUCAGAUAUUGGUACUGAAAGACAUUGGUAAUGUAAGACUUUGAUAAUAAUUGAAGUAGCUAUGUUGUGUGAGGUGAAGGUCAUAUGGUACGCUGUGAAUAUUUGUAAUCUUCUUGGUAACAGGGUGGGUAACUGAGAUUGUAUGGUUGAACAAUAAACAAAUGUAAGAUUCUGUCCCUUG